GCGGCUUUCAAGUAUUUCUUAUACUACAACUCCUCCAAAUAGCGAAACGGUGAUUCCAAAUCAUAGCAUCAAAUCUCACAUAAUUCUAUACCAUAAUUCCAAUUCUUAAUACCAUCGACGGAUAUAUAGCCCUAUUCUCAUAUCAUCAAAACUGAUGCGAUUAUCCCAAUUCUCCAACUUAUUCCGAGCCUUCUUUGCCUUUUCUACUCCGACUAGGGUUCGUCCUUUAGUUCAUCAAUCACUACGCCACAACGCAACACCAUUGAGGUUUAUGCCGACUCUUCCCUUUAUAGGAAGUCUAUUUGGCUCAAGCUCUAGCAAACCUAACAAUAUGUCGUAUCCGGACCAGAGAACGCCUGACGAGUGGCGCGCCGUUCUCACUAAAGAACAAUUCAAAAUUCUCAGAGAAAAAGGUACCGAGCCGCCAGGAUCUGGGAAGUACGAUCAAUUUUUCUCCGAUUCUGGAGUGUAUACGUGUGCAGGCUGCAAUGCGCCCCUGUACAAAGCAAAUCACAAAUUCAAAUCUGGCUGCGGCUGGCCGGCAUACUUUGACAGCAUUCCCGGCGCUGUAACAAGACAUGUUGACAACGCGUGGGGUAUGGAAAGAACAGAGAUUUGCUGCGCCAAAUGCGGUGGCCAUCUUGGCCACGUCUUCAAGGGGGAGGGAUAUCCAACCCCAACAGAUGAGAGGCACUGUGUUAACAGUGUCAGCUUAAACUUCUCCCCAGAAGAUAAACCGGCCCAAGAAGGGGAGAAAUAGAGCAGGAUCAGUAUCUUAUGAGUCAUACGUCGAAAUUAAUUUUGUCAUUUUCAAGGAGUGAAUAUGUAGUAGUCGGAGGUGUGAGACGGGUAGAGGUAUUCAAAAACGACGGCGCUAACCAGGUAGAGUAAUGCUGUAGGCAGGUAGGGGCUGGGGAUGCUAUAGGCAGGAAGUGGAGGAUUUCUCAUGUCAGGCGAAACUCUAGCUCUGUUCCCUUAAGGGAGUACUCUAGACGUCUAAAGUGCCAUAGAUGCGCCGCUGAGGUAGCUACCUAGCUUAUAGCAACCAAUAGACGUUAACGUUCUCAUCAUCGUC